UAAUAAAGGCCGCACAGCCGUGUGCGCUGGCAGCAGUUCGUGUUCAAUAAAUGUAAUCUUUUUUUGUCCCUUCGCUUUCGGUUCGAUCUCGGGGUUUUAUGUAUAAAAUAAGGCGCGAAUGAUAAACGGAUAAUACUUCGAUUAAAGUGCCGUCGCGUGACUGUCGUUUGUGUUGGCUUUUCUGUAAUCUUACGCGGAGUUGCCUGCUGCUGCUCUACCAUAUAAUAAAAUACGAAACGAAUCUGCAACGGAGGGUACUACGCAAUGGCGAAAUUCUGGAAUGCACUUACCCGCCGCAAAACGGACGACGUCCACGAAAGCGAGUCCCAGCUGGCGCGUGUCCUCAAUCUGUUGGAUCUGACGGCCCUCGGCGUGGGCAGUACACUGGGCCUGGGCGUCUAUGUGCUGGCUGGACAGGUGGCCUACAACAUAGCCGGUCCGGCGGUCACAAUAUCCUUCCUCAUCGCAGCCGUCGCAUCCGCCUUUGCGGGCAUUUGCUAUGCCGAAUUUGCGGCACGCGUGCCCAAAGCAGGCAGCGCCUAUGUGUACAGCUAUGUGACCAUUGGCGAGUUUGUGGCCUUCACCAUUGGCUGGAAUCUGAUCCUGGAGUAUGUCAUUGGCACUGCUUCGGUGGCGCGUGGCCUGAGCGGCUACUUUGAUGCGCUGAUCGACAACAACAUGUCGAAGGCGCUGAAUGGGUCGAUGCACAUGAACGUUGACUUCUUGGGCGACUAUCCGGACUUUCUGUCCUUCGGUAUGGUCCUGCUGCUGGCCGGUAUCCUGGCCUUUGGCGCCAAGGAGUCCAGUUUCCUGAACAACAUCUUCACCUGCGUCAAUCUGGUGACGAUCUGCAUUGUUCUGGUUGCCGGAUCCAUGAAUGCCAAUAGCGACAACUGGCGCAUCCCCCAGGACCAGGUGCCCGAGGGAUUCGGCACGGGUGGCUUCAUGCCAUUCGGCAUUGCCGGCGUGAUGGCCGGAGCGGCCAAGUGCUUCUUCGGCUUUGUGGGCUUCGACUGCAUUGCCACCACGGGCGAGGAGGCCAUCAAUCCCAAGCGCAACAUUCCGCUGUCGAUCGUCAUCUCGCUGAUCAUCAUCUUCCUGGCCUACUUCGGUGUCUCCACGGUGCUGACAAUGAUGCUGCCGUACUACCUGCAGGACAGGGACGCCCCGUUCCCGCACGCCUUCGACGCCGUCGGCUGGAUCACCAUCAAGUGGAUCGUGACUAUCGGAGCGGUGUUCGCCCUGUGCACCAGCCUCCUGGGCGCCAUGUUCCCGCUGCCCCGCAUCCUGUACGCCAUGGGAAACGACGGCAUCCUCUUCAAGCGGCUCUCCAAGGUGCAUCCCUACACGAAGACGCCGCUGAUUGCCACCGUUGUCUCGGGCCUCUUUGCAUCUGUCAUGGCGAUGCUGUUCAACCUGGAUCAGCUGGUGGACAUGAUGUCCAUCGGCACCCUGCUGGCCUACACCAUUGUGGCCAUUUGUGUGCUGGUGCUGCGCUACCAGGACGAGGACAUGACUAAGCUGGUGUCGGUGAAGGCGCCCAAUGUGCUGCGGCAGUUCUUCAACGGCAACUCGUAUCGGGAACCGAACACCAUGACCUCCGGCAUCACCAAGAUCGGCAUCGUUGUCUUCGCCAUCGUGUGCCUGGUGUGGUGCUCCCUGCAGAAGGUCUUCGAUCUCAGCAGCACCGGUGGCAUUGUGUCGCUGAGUCUGCUGGGCGUGGUGCUGAUCCUCAUUGGCGUGAUCAUUGGCAUGCAGCCCGUGUCGACCAUUGAGCUGACCUUCAAGGUGCCGCUGGUGCCGUUCGUGCCAUGCCUGAGUGUCUUUGCCAAUCUGUACCUGAUGUUCCAGCUGGACCUCAACACCUGGAUACGCUUCCUCAUCUGGAUUGUGAUCGGCUAUGUGAUCUACUUCUGCUAUGGACUGCGUAACUCCACACAGAUCACCAGAAAUCGCAAUCACGCCGAGGUGGCGGCCAAUGCCCUGCAGCAGCAGAGCGAUGCAUAUAUUGGCCAGCACGAGAAUCGCGGCUUUGAGCCCGACUUUAAGGUGGAGAAUGGCGUCAAGCUGCCACCGCACGAGUACUCCGAGAAGCUUUAAGCCCACAGAAGCAGCCAAAAGUAUUAUAGGUUCCUUUUUGUUACCCCCCAACCGACAGCCCAACCCCUCCCCCCUUAAACUUCAUAUACAUACGCCUCGACAUUUUCUCUUGAAUAGAACAAAGACUCUUGCCUUCCUAGCUAGCACGUGUAUGUGAGAGAGAUGAAUAGAUUGCGCAUAAAAAUUAAAUGGAUCCGCACUCCCCCGACCCCCUCCCCAACUAUCCCCAUCCCCCCCCCCCCAGCACACCGCACACCUACACAUCUAUCGCUGCGGAUCUGUUAUUUUUAUGCGCCACACACGCUUCGUAAGCGACUUCUAGAGAGAGCUCCAGUACCCAGACUCUGUUUAACCAUUUUUAACAUUUAUUUUACCAGAUUAUCCCAUCCAACUUUGAACUCUUUUAACUCUUUUAACUCUUUUAACUGUUUGCUGCGCUAAAUUCCCCCUAUGAAUCCCCCCCCCCUCUUCGCAAUGCCCCAUUUUGUUGUGAUAUUUGUAAAUGUGUAUACCCUUACCCACAUAUGUAUAUACUGUAUGUAUGUAUGUAUGUAUGUGUAUGUAUAGAGCUAUAAUGAUCCCAUAUUUGUAUAUUUUGUGUCACAAUUAAUGUAAAUGAAAUACGGUAGCAAACUACUAUUUUAUGUAUGUCAGAUGCAGUCGCAGUCGCAGUUGCAGUUGCAGCUGCAGAUGCAGUCGCCUGCACUUAGUAUUUAAGCUCUUUAGCCGCUCUAAGCCCUUUUCCACAUUUGUUUAAUAUUUUGCCAAAAACCAGAAACGAAUUUGCCCCCGCCCCACCCACACCCACAUUACUUGCUUGUUUAAUAAAAUCCAAAUGUUGUUCAUCACAAAACGGAUG